GUUCCCACAUGUUUAUGUUUAGUGUAAACAGCAUCAGCACAAAACAUACUUGCUCUUCGACACCUCCAACAGAUUCACCCCGUGCAGAGUCAGAUCAGAAAGGAUUCAGAGCAGGCCAACAAAGAUGACCUCUAUCCAACUAUUUAACAACAAAGAUCAGGUCACAGCAAUGUAAAACCUCUGGAAGGAAUUAAAGUACUGGAUCUCACAAGGGUAUUAGCAGGACCUUUUGCUACCAUGAUCUUAGGAGACUUGGGCGCAGAAGUCAUCAAAGUAGAAAAAAAAGGUUCUGGUGAUGACACUAGGGCUUGGGGUCCACCUUUUGUAGAAACAGAAAGUGUUUAUUUUCUCAGUGUGAAUCGAAAUAAAAAGAGUAUAUCAGUGAACCUGAAGGACCCCAAGGGUGCACACAUAAUAAAAGAUCUGGCAUCUGUUUGCGAUGUGCUGAUUGAAAAUUAUACUCCUGGAAAAUUAGGAGAAAUGGGUCUGGGAUAUGAAGAUAUACACAAGAUAGCUCCGCACAUAGUUUAUUGUUCCAUUUCAGGCUAUGGACAAACUGGCCCAAUGUCCCAGCGUCCAGGUUAUGAUUCUAUCGCGUGUGCUAUGUCUGGCCUCAUGCACAUCACCGGUUCACAGGACGGUGAUCCAGUGAGGCCUGGUGUAGCUAUGACUGACCUAGCGACAGGCUUGUAUGCUCACGGAGCUAUCAUGGCUGGGCUGCUUCAGAAAGAAAAGACAGGGAAAGGGUUGCACAUUGACUGCAACUUGCUUUCAUCUCAGGUUGCCUGCCUUACUCACAUAGCUGCAAAUUAUCUCACUGCAAAAAAGGAAGCAAAAAAGUGGGGAACUGCACAUGAGAGCAUUGUUCCUUACCAGGCUUUCAAGACAAAGGACGGCUUCCUUGUGAUUUGCGCUGGAAAUGACCAGCAAUUUUCAAUUAUUUGCAAGCUCAUGUCAUUACCUGCACUGAGCGGAGACCCCAGGUACCAAACCAACAAGCUCCGGGUUCAGAACAGAAGAGAACUUAUUGAUGUCCUGUCGGCUAGAUUUGUAGAGAAGACAAUAGGAGAUUGGCUCCAGCUGUUUGAAGGUAACGGCGUACCAUGUGGUCCCAUAAACACCAUGGAGCAAGUGUUCUCCGAACCUCAGGUCAUACACAAUGAUCUCAUUUUAGAAAUGGAGCAUCCUACAGCGGGGACGGUAACUGUUCCAGGUCCCGCUGUCCGAUUCAGUGACUUCAAGGUCUCAAGGCCGGAGCCCCCACCUCUGAUCGGGCAGCACACAGUGGAGGUGCUGAAGACCGUGCUGGGUUACAGCGAGAGCUAUAUCAAUGAACUGCUCACAGCGGGAGCAGUCACCCAGCAUGAACUGCACUAAAGGCUAAUCUCUCUUACACAAGCAGUUUUGACCUUUCUGAGAUCAAUCACGUUCACAGUUCAGACAAGGCCUUUUAUAAUUGCAGAAAUGAAUCAAGGUAAAUUUCUUUCCAGACUGUUGCAAGGCAGAUCACUAGAACACUGUUAGUCUCAACGCAAUGAAUUACAAAUUAAACCCCUAAAGAUAUACAAUAAUAAAUACCUCAGCACUCCUAAAUGUAGAUUUCUUGUUGAAAUGGAAUAAAGCACUACCAUGCACUAAGUGUGAA